AUGGCGGCUCUGUCUGUUCAGCCUCUCAAGAGAAAGCGUAAUGAGAAUGCGGACAAGAUAGAAACUCCUAGCACGGAAGAACAAGAAGCAGGUGUGAGCACUGGUAACUCUGCCGCUGCCCGCUUACCGUUCUCCGGCUUUAGAGUGCAAAAAGUGCUGAAGGAGUCUGCGCGGGACAAAAUCCUUUUCCUACACGGGAAGGUGAAUGAGGCUCCGGGAGAAAUGAAUGGAGAGGAUGCUGUUGUGAUCUUGGAGAAGACACCGUUUCAGGUGGAGCAGAUGGCCCAGCUUCUGUCGGGCAGCCCUGAGCUCCAACUACAAUUCUCCAAUGAUAUCUACAGCACUUAUCAUCUGUUCCCUCCGAGGCAGCUGAGUGAUGUCAAGACCACGGUGGUUUACCCUGCCACGGAGAAGCACCUGCAGAAAUACCUGCGACAGGAGCUCCAGUUAUUCCGAGAGACAGAAGAAGAUUACAGGACCAUCACAUUGCCCUAUCUGCAGUGCCAAAGCCUCAGCAUCCAGUGGGUGUAUAACAUUCUUGAGAAGAAGUCUGAAGCUGACCGUAUUAUUUUCGAGAACCCAGAUCCCUCUCAUGGCUUUAUCCUCAUUCCUGAUCUCAAGUGGAAUCAGCAACAGCUUGAUGAUCUGUAUCUGAUUGCCAUCUGCCACCGCCGGGAUGUCAGGUCACUGCGAGACCUUACUUCGGAACACCUGCCUCUGCUCAGGAACAUCCUCUUAGAGGGACAGGAAGCCAUUCUGCAGCGCUACCAGCUGAAGGGGAGCUGCCUCCGGGUGUACCUGCACUACCUGCCUUCCUACUUUCACCUGCACGUGCACUUCACUGCCCUGGGCUUCGAGGCCCCAGGCUCUGCGGUGGAGCGUGCACACCUGUUGGCAGAUGUCAUUGAAAAUCUGGAAUGUGACUCAAAGUACUAUCAGCAUCGCUCUCUGCCCAUUGCCCUUAGGACUGAUGACCCCCUGUUCCAGCUCUUCCAAGGGGGCAAGAAAGGUUGA